AUGAGUCUACUAGUGUGGAACUGUCGCAAACUUGGGAACCUGCGCACAGGAAAGGAGCUCGAGGUGUUGAUUCGAGCCAAAGAUCCCUCCAUCGUGUUCCUAGCCGAAACAUGGGUGGAUGAAGCUAGGCUAAAAGAAAUUCAGCGGAAUAUUAAUUUUGAGAAUCUAUUUUUUGUGGAGAGAAAUAACAGAGGUGGUGGUUUAGCCUUUUAUUGGAAAAAUUCUCUUGAUCUACAUGUAGAGUCUUCUUCAAAGAAUCAUAUAGAUUCCAUCAUCAAUAAGGGAAGGGGAGAGGCUUGGAGGUUUACUGGUUUUUACGGUGAACCAGCCACGCAUAGAAGGAGUGAAGCAUGGAAUCGUCUUCGGCUACUAAAUAAUAGUCUUCAGCUUCCUUGGCUUUGUGCUGGGGAUUUCAAUGAGCUGACUCGCAUGUCGGAAAAGAUGGGAGGUAGCUAUAGAAGUCAAGCUCAAAUGCAACUCUUCCGAGAUGUUAUCGACGAGUGUGGGUUUAUCGACCUUGGUUUUGUUGGCUCUCAAUUUACUUGGAGGAAGCAUUUUGUGGACGGACACUCCAUAUGGGAAAGUUUGGAUCGUGGGUUGGCCAACCAUGAAUGGUUCUUAAAGUUUUUGGGUACUAAGAUCCAUCAUCUCCAUUCAGAUUCAUCUGACCAUAGUCCAUUAUGGAUUACACCCGAAGGCUUAGAAAUCCCUUCAUUUGCUAAGCCUUUUAGAUUUGAAGAAAUGUGGCUUUCAGAUUGUGGUUGUUCUAAUAUUGUAGAGGCGGUUUGGUGCUCAAGGGAUGGGAUGGUUGAUCCGGCAAUGAAGGUUACUCACAAGAUAAAAAAAUGUGGAAAAGAGCUAACCCAAUGGAACCGGACCCACUUUGGAAAUGUGAGACAAGAGCUGAUAAGGAAAAGGAAAGAACUUGCUGAAGCUGAAAAGGUGGCCAUGCGGAUUGGGUGUAAUGAGAAAGUUUGUUGCAUUAAACAGGAGAUUGCUACGUUGGUUGACAAAGAAAAUAGAUUAUGGUUUCAGCGAUCCAAAGAAAAAGGAAGAAUUUGA